CAGUGUCUGACAUUGUGAAGCAGCUUCCGGCAGGAGGAAGGUUCACUGCCGCUGUUGUUAUGUCGUUUUUUUUAAAACUCCCUGCUACAAAUAAUGUAUAAAGGUUUGGAUAAUGGAAUAUAGACGUGUUACGUAUAUGAAGAAAGGUGAUAUAAUACAGUAAAGAACCAUGAUCAAGGAUCGUCUGGUCAGUCUGAUUAACCAGUAUGUCGGUCAGUUCGUGGAGAAUAUCAACCAAGACAACCUGAACUACAGUGUGUUGGGAGGCAAUGUAGAACUGAAAGACUUAGUACUGAAGCCCAAUGCGCUGGUGGAUUUUCUUACUCUGCAGCUGGGAAAAGAACAAGCAUUCGAUGUUAAAGUUGGACACUUAGAUUACAUCCGUCUGUCUAUACCAUGGGCCAACUUAUUUGGAGGGACAGAAGUCCGCCUGGAGCUGGAUGGACUUUAUCUACUUCUGAGUCCCGUCUCUGUAAAUGUCGCCAACAAACAGCGAGUGGAAGAACUGGAGCAGAAACUCAAACAGGCCAUGCUCCGAGCCUUGGACCCAUCAGUUCUUCAGAAAGUCUCAAAGGAAGUAGAGAAGCACCCUGGUCUCUUCGAAAAGAUUGGAAAAUACAUUCUGAAUAAUAUACAGAUAAAGAUUAGCAAUGUACACAUCCGAUACGAGGACUCGAUCUCGAAUCCUGCUUCACCGUUUGCAGCUGGAGGAAUUCUGGGAGGGCUGUACAUAUUUACGACUAAUGAUAGAUGGGAGGAGGCGGAGCUCGACAGCACGGCAAAAAUCCUACACAAGCUGGGGAGGGUGUCAGAUUUGUCUGUGUACUGGAACCCUCGUGUUGACAAUAGUGAUCUGGUGGGAGGUGUAGAUCUGAUUCAGUCAGGAGCUUGGAAGACUUCUUUGAAAAAAUCCAUCCGGUCAAAGAUGAUAAAGAGUGAGAAGUUUUCAUCAGUUCUGACACCAUUUACCGCGGAGGCCAAGGUGAUUCUGUACAACGUGGACGAUUAUAAGAUGCCAAAACUUUACAUUCAGCUGUCAGUCGACAAUGCUGAUGUAAGGAUGUCACGCAACCAGGUAAACAACUUUACAUUCAGCUGUCAGGUCGACAACGCUGAUGUCACACAGUCAGGUAAACAACUUUACAUUCAGCUGUCAGUCAACAACACUGAUAUCAGGAUGUCACACAGUCAGUAUGACAGUUUAACCAGAUGGCUGGAAUUUUCUAAACUUCUGGAAGUGAAUCGUCGAUACCGAAAAUUCAGGCCUAUGAAAUCCGUGAAAUCCAGUCCAGCGUCGUGGUGGAAGUAUGCCUAUAAGUCUGUGGUGGAGUUUUACAUUAAGCCUUACACCUGGCCGCAGAUCGUUAAGUACAAGCAAGACUAUGAGAAAUAUUGGAAUUUGUACAAGCAGUACCUGGCAUCCCUUAAAGACGACAACAUUAAACAGAAACUAGAGGGUCUAGAGAAAGUUAUGGAUGUCGCCAACAUCUUGAAGGCCAGGGCACAGGCCAAGGUCAAGUAUACAGAAGAAAUGAAGGAAAGGGAGAGACUGAAAAAAGAGGAGAUGAAGAGGAAAAAAGAGGAGAAGAAAAAGACAGGAGGAGGCUGGUUUAGUUGGAUCUGGGGAGGAUCCGAAGAGGAGGAGGAAUUGGAUGAUUUGGCUACAGAAGAGGAAUUGUUUGCUUUGUCUGAGGAGGAGAAGCAGGAAAUCUACCAAGGAGUGGGGUACAGCGAAUCGGAAAAUGCACAAAGCAUGCCUAAAGAGUAUGUGGCCUACAAAAUCCAGCUGAGAGUCCGGCAGUGCUGUGGGUGUCUGACCAGGUCUGAGGCCCCGGAUUCAGUGUGCAUCUUACAGGUUGUCAUGGAUGACAUGCUGACAUCUUACGAAAACAGACCCGGAGGUCAAGGGGUCAGAGUGGUGAGCAACACAGAGAGUUUUGUGAUAUCUGGAAUUUCCGUGGACCAGAAACCGGUGAAGAUGCUGACCUCCAAUGGAGGGAUUUAUACUUCAGAUCUGACUGGUCAAAUGUUCACCUUGGAAUACGAACUUCGACCUUUGCAUAUUAAAGCAGAGCAAUCGCUGAAGAUGACUGUGCGGCCAGUGGAAAUUUUCUACGAUCAACAUUCUAUAUCGGAGAUUUUUGGGUUCUUCCAAUCGUCGGAUCACACUGGGGACACAGACAUGAACGCCCUGGCCAUGGAGAAACUGAGUGGGGUUGUCAAGUACAGCAAAGACAUGCUUCUGUAUGCCAUGCAACAGCAGUCGACAUUUUAUGUCGCCAUACACAUGAGAUCUCCGUACGUCGUGAUUCCAGAGAAUGGGACCCUCCACAAGGGAGGGAAUGUGUUAGUGGUUGACUUUGGGACACUGUCCGUAGAGAGUGAUUUACAGGAGAAACCAGACCCCAAGGCCUCGAUGUCGAGUUCUCCACUUCAGAAUCAGAUGUACGACAAAUUCCUAGUUAAAGUCAGCGAUGUGAAGGCUUUAAUUGCCGACUCAGGUGAAGACUGGCCUCAGUUCCAGACUCAAGUGAAUUCUAGAUUCCAUGUCCUGCCAAGCACACAUCUAACGAUAUCAUUCUACAAAACCAUUGUCCCGGACAACUACCAGAUCCCACACCAGAAGUUUGAUGUGCUGCUGCCGUCUUUGACCUUGAACUUGAAUGACGAUCAGAUUCUGGUUUUGUACAACUUCCUGUUUCACUUUCCCAGCCCCUCUCGGGUGGCCUGGGGGGCGGAGACUGCUCGAGAUGGAGGGGAGCUGUCCAGACCUAGACUGGUCCUAGCAGACGUCCAGUUAGACCCAGAUAUAUCCACUCUGCGAGCGAUUCGGAAGAGCAUCCUGAGACGGUCAGUGGCCCGAGGGCGGCUGACCGUGGUGGAGGAAGGUGUCCCCAGUAAAUCUGCACUACCACCGAUCCAGUCCGCGGAGGACCUGAAGUCCAUGGAGGAUCCGUCAUUUCCUGUGAUGGAAGACAUGGACGAUGAAGAUGGAGACUGGAAGAGUGACACAAACAUCCGUUCGGUUGAGGACUAUCUAACAGAGCGAGUCAAAAUGAGGAUAUACCUGCGCCUUCAGAUCGCUGAGAUGGUGCUGCAGAUCUCCCAGAAGAGUGAGGGGCGGGACUAUUUGAUGUUUCGUCUGGAUCGGAUCAGUGCAGACAUGGCUGUCCUUGACUACGUUCAGGAUUCGCAGACCCCCAGUCAGUGUGGAAUGGCUGCUGUAGCCAGCGUAGGGGCACUAAGCCUGGCCGACAAACUACACACAGGUACAUCUGGAGCCUAUCUGGAGUUGUUAAGGACUGAGUCAGAUAAGGAGCUGAUCACAUUCAGUUACAGACAGAUUAACACCAAAUGCCCAGACUUUGAACCUGUGUUUGAAAGUACGGAAAACAAAGCAACAUUAAUGUGUAACAGCCUGACUAUAAGACUGGACCAAACUGGAACCUGCUACCUUAAAAAGUUCCUACAACAGCUACAGGACAGGAUAGCCGAGAAUGAGAAGAAGAGAGCUGGAUUUCCCUCGGACGUUAUCGACGCUGUUCCUGUACGGAGGAGAGGAAGUAAAGAUGCCUCGUCUAUAACGAGUCGGACAUUAUCACAGAUUACCCAGAGGAUCACUACCUUUGUGGAUGAAGUGGAUGCUGAAAUGGGAAGAGCUGCAGUCCAAAAACAGACUCUCAUCAAGUUUCACCUGACCUCACAUGUACAAAAGGUCACCAUUCAUCUGAGUAACCUUGACCACCCAGUGGCAGAGAUGGAGUUGAUAGGUAUGGAUACUCAGAUCUCGGUGGAGAACAAGAAGGCUUGCUACAGGAGUCAGAUAAAGGAUCUCGCUGUGCUGGACAAAACGGCAGGAACCCUGUACCCUCAUAUUCUGAUGUUGGAAGAAAAGGACUCUCCAUUCUUCAGCAUGAAGGUGGUACAAUUUUGGCACAGUUCCAAGAAAAGAGGAAAGGGACGUGCAGGAGACCAAGGACUGGACUACAAAGUCCAUCUGAAAAUUGGCGACCUGCAGCUCGCUUACGUCAAUCGAUUCCUGUGGGACAUCACGAAAUUCUUUGAGCCACUGAAGACACCGGAGAUUGUCGAAGCAGCAGCAGCCACCAUGGAGAAUGUCUCAAAACAGGUAGCUGAGAUCCAGCCGUCCUCUGUCCGAGUAGGACUGGUGAUUGACAUGAAAACUCCUACAGUGAUUGUUCCUAAGACAUCUAAGUCACCAGAUCUACUUCUGUUCAGGUUUGACUACCUGCAGAUCCGAAACUCCAUCAAGUCCGAAUUCCUGGCCGACGAAUCGCAGCAGGACUGGAAUGACAUCAGAAUUAAAGUAAAAGGCAUGCAGAUAAGCAGGGCUAAAGUUUUGAGUGAUAAGUUUGUUGUGAGCCAUAAUGUGGCAGAACCAGUUGACUUCCUGGCCUCUGUUAGCCUCGCUUUGGAACCAGUUAGGUCAAAGGUCAGGUACGAUGUGUCAGGAGAUCUCUUUCUCAUGAAGGUCAACAUGUUUCAGUCGGACGUGAAGCUGCUGAUGGAUAUUGUUAACCUGAACCUUCAGGAGGGGGCACCAAAAUCAAACAAAAGUGGAGAUACAGAGUUGUCUCCCCACCAGAUCGGAAGUAUGGAGGAAUUAUCUGCCCCUGAUACGACAGAUGCUGGCUCCGCCCCUACAACACCUUAUAACGCAGUGCUGACAUUCCAGGGACUGGUCGUACAGUUGUUUGAAGAGAAAGAGGAGGAAAAUCAGCCACUAAAAGCCUCGAUGCUGAGUAGAUUUGAGAUAGGGAAACUGGUGGGGCGGAUAAACACACAGACAUCUGAGGAUAUCCGAUCCGACGUCAAUCUCUCGCUUCAAGCACUCUCUGUAGAUGACACACGACCGAACAGUACCGUUGUAAACAAAAGAAUCAUUGACUGUAUAAGGGAGACAAUUAAUAAGGAAGAAGAAGAGUUACUUCCCCUGAUUUCUGUAAUCUACAAGGAGAGGACAAAUGGGAAUAGGGAGGCUGAUGUCAGAAUGGAGAAGAUCACGGUACACAUCCACAUCCCCUAUCUCCAGAGCUUGUACCAGUUCUUCCUCCAGGCCCUAGAGACAGACACGCCCACAAACCCCUCCCCCCGGGACAGCACCAGUGUUGACGGGGAGGACAUUAUAGAUUCCCCAGCCCCCGAGCCCCAGCCCACAGGAAUGUUUACACUGUAUGGGACCAUGAAACAGCCGGAGUUUAUUCUGCACGGGAGCUCAGGUCCGAGUGACGACAGAAUACUUGUUUUAGAGGCAGACAUAGAAUUCAAUAUGAAAAAUGACAGUUCAGAACAAAAGAUAGGGUCAAAGGUCAAGGACCUAAAGAUGUACAGCUCCAGGAUGGGAUCCAAGGCAACUUCUCAGCACUGGGUGAUACAGCCCUGUCAGGUGGACUUUGAGCGAAGCGUGGCUAACAACCACGCUCACCACCAGGUGUCUCUGGCUGUCUUGGAGGUCUACGUGUCACCGCAGGUCAUCCGCCUCAUGUUCGACGUCUCACGAAUGUUGACUGCAGAGGAGGACACAAAGGAGGAAGUUGAGGACAGGCAGGAGAAGAAGUCCUUUACUAACCUCUGGAGUAUCCACCAGACCUCAGCACAGAAGUGGCUGGACAAAAUAGACCCAGACGAGCCCAACAACCCCCUUCUGCCCCGGAGAGCCCCCUCAGAGACACUGGUGGUCAAUGUGGAGAAGAUUGAUGUAUACUUCCGGAUCCGGAAUCUGGAUCACCAUGUGGAUCUGCUCCACGUGUUUUGCUCACUGGAUAGCACCAUCCAGGACUGGUCGAAACAGUUACACAUGAAGGCUGACAUAGAACUGAAAGCAUCUUACUUCAAUGAGAGGCUGAGUGUCUGGGAACCCCUGAUAGAACCCGUGUGUGAGACUGUGGGCGUCUACAGACCGUGGUGGGCCGUUAUCAAGAUCGUGAAGGGCCGAAGCUACCCCAUGGCCUUCAAUCAUGUGCAGGAAAACUUCAAUAUGGAGGACUGUCUCCGGAAUGACGUCCAACAGCUCCUACACAGAAGCUUAAAUCGACCCAGUUCCUCGGAGUCGGAGACGGACGAGUCCACUGAGAUGACCGUCCUACGACCAAAACUAACAGGGAGGGCGUCAAGGCUGGCCAGUGAGCGUAGUCUCGAAUCAUUGAGUCACCAGGCCAGUAUACAAGGGGAGUCUGACACCGAGCCUGAUGGACUCAUUCAGAGCAUUACAAACAAACUGGGGGGAAUUUUCUCUGACGAUGACAGCAGCGAGGAUGCUGACAUCAGUGACACGGAUGAUAACGAUGAACUGUUUGAUCCCUCCCUGGACAAACCCGUGUUUCUGACUCCUAAGGGGCCCAUGCAGGCUGCACGGGACCAAGAUGAAGUGGAUGCUCCACUGUUGAUAUCUGAACAAGACACUAUAGAGGAGGCGGAGCCUGGAGAGGAUGUCCCCCAGUCUUACUACUUCAUCAUGGCAUCUCAGGACCAACUACUGCUGAACGUGACCCCACAGGCCAUCAAUGUACUCACUGAUAUCAACAAGGCAAUGACGGAGCCAGAGACUCUGGAAAUGGACACCAUCAACCUACCCGCUCUGCAGAUCUUCAAUAAGCUUGGUGUCAAUGCUUCAGUGACUCUACAUCCAGAUGUUAAGGUUCAUUCAGAAAACAUUAAAGAUUGUUCCCUGUACAAGGACGGGGAGAAUUCCCAGCCGUGUGAUGCUGACAUCGUAGACGGCAACGGACUCGAGGUUCAAAGUGAGACAGAUGAAGCAGACGGCUUGAUUUCCAACAUCCUUGGUCGAGUAGGCCAUGUAGCAGUGUCAGCGGGGGCAUAUGUAUUCGACAAUGAUGAGGAUUACUUGUCAGGGCAGAAUCUCAGCAUCUCGAGAUUCCGGUUACACGUGGACGGUUUCCACCUGUCGUCCACAGUGUCUCACAGAAGAGCUCGUCGUCAGCUGAUGCCUCUGUUUCCACACAAGCCAAAGGAAAUGAUGCAAGACAGAAAUAUGCACAAGAUCAAAUACUGGUACCUGUUGGACAUUGACGUCUGGCAUGGAAGGAAAGUCAUCAACUUCCUGUCCCCCCUGCAGAUCAAGAACAACAUCACAAGGUCCAUGGAUGUUUUCUGUAAGACUAAAGAUCUUAAGGUGUAUCUCAGUGUAGAGAGUGACACAGAAGAGUUCUCCAAACUAGUUACCAUAGAAACCGGAGAAGUGUACAACGUUCCGCUGUUUGUGGCGUAUCACCUAGAGUUAUUCAUGUGUCCAGCAGACAGCAGCUACAAAAUGACUCGAAGUAAAAUUUGGUGGAAGGAUUUGGUGGGAAAGGAGAAAUCGAGAACUUAUAGCUGUCCAGUGGCUGAGGCAGAUCUAGAACCAUUUUAUUUUAUGGUUGUCUGUUCCAAAGGAAGUAAACUGGUUCCCCCUCAGACCGUACCAGCAGGAGUGCCAUAUUACCAGCUCACCUUAAGUCCACCAGUUAUUCUCCAUAAUUAUCUCCCUUACAACAUCCAGUACUCACUAGAGGGUACCCAGUCUGCCUUUGUGAUGUUGAAGAUGGGAGACAGCAGUUAUCUACAUGGGGUGGACCUGAAGGAGAGCUAUAAACUACACCUCCAGAUUCAGGACUAUCAGAGCAUUGACUGGACUGGUGUUUAUGACAUCACACAGAACUUGGAGGAGUUCAAGGCUGUUACCAUGGCGCCGUAUGAUUUUGGUUUUGAAGGGAACAACAAUAAACAUUUGACCUUGACCGUUCAUGCGACCCAGCAGUCUGUGGUGGACCUCUAUGUUUACAGUCCAUACUGGCUGGUCAAUAAAACAGAUCUGGUCAUUCAGGUCAAGGGUUCUAAAUCAGAAGCCGUGUUUGAUUGUCAACCAAACCGCACCUCUCCAGUUUUAUUUCGAUUCAAGAAAAAUCGGCCAAAAAAGGCUAAGAUAAAGGUGUUCAACUCACGCUGGUCACAGUCAUUCUCCCUGGACACAGUUGGGAACUCAGGAGUGGUCAUCUGUAAUGACCGAGAGAGGAAGACUAAGUACAGGCUGAUGCUCCAGUUUCAGUGGUCAGACCUGAAGCUGACCAGGAUUGUGACCAUUACACCAUUCUUCCUGGUCGUCAACAAAUUGUCUCGAGCUCUGAGGUACAUGGAGGAGAACGAGACCACAGAUCUUUGGCUGGACAUUGGAGUGGGAGAGUGUAAGCCGUACUGGCCGUCUACGUCCAGCGAUAAGAUGGUGAUAGAGUACAGUGACAGUAACAUCAUGUCGGAACACUUCCCUAUCAACACUCCGCAUAACACCGUGCUCAGGAUGGAGAAUGGGACAGCAGUGUGUGUAGAAGUAAGUGGAGGCCUGGAGACCUCCAGAACCAUUUCUUUCUCCGAUUAUGACGUGGGUGACGCUCCAGUGCAGGUCGAAAAUCUUUGUGAAGACAUCUUCAUUGUCAUCCGACAAAAGGGCCAGCACCAGAUGACUGUCCUGGGACAGAACCAGUCUAUUCUGUACACAUGGGACAACCCGACUGGAAAUCGAACUCUGCUGUGGAAUGUGUACAACGGGAAGAAAAGCCAGGAGUCGGAAAUCGACAUCACUAAAGACAGUUACAAUCCCAAGCGGCUGACAGUGAAGCUCGUUCAGUCGUCCAGUACAUAUAACUACCAUGACGUCACGGACGGACCUGUCGACUCCAGUCCAGAAGAUGAGACAGACCCAGGAGAAGAAGAAGAGGAGGGAGGGGAUAGCGUUGAUGGGGUGGAUCUAAGAUCCAGAUUGAAGACCAAGGCCUACAAGAUGACCAUUUACUGGGUGUCCUUUCUGGACAGACAACAGAGGGUGGUACUAUUUACCCAGGACCCCCGGGUAGCAGAGGCAGCGAGAAUGGCUCACUGCUAUGACGUCCGUACUUCGCAUUCUCACCGGUUGUUGCCGACGAUGUAUGAAGGUGAACACGUGACCUGGUUUUCUCUGAUUUCAUUGGAUGGUAUAGCACUAUCGGUCAUCAAUGAAGUGUACGAGGAAGUGGCCCUGGUCAGUCUGACCUGUCUACCGGCCAGCUGGGAGAUUGAGGUCAAGAACAAGUGGAAGAUGUUGGAGGACAUCACCUUGGUAACGUGGCUGGAAGACAAAUGGAAGAACGGAGUGGACCAGGCUAGCUGGGACAACAGAAUAGAGGUGGACUUUAAGAAUCUGAGAAUGACCAAGCCAUACAUCGGAGACCUGAGGAGGGUAGCCUACCCUGGAUUAUUCUUCCAGCAUCGCAUGUCUCAACAUCAAACCCUCAUCCAUGCAAGAAUAUACAAAAUACAGAUUGAUAAUCAGCUGCUUGAUGCAUACCACCAGACUGUGCUGAGCUGUGCUCCUACCCCUGCCUACCUUGUCAAGAAAAAGGGACCCAAACCGUGCAUAGAGUUCGGAAUGAUUAGACGAGUUGUACCGGAGAAUAACGUGGAUACGUUUAGACAGUUCCAGGUGAUACUACAGGAACUAAGACUAGCGGUAGACUGGGGAUUUAUAGAGUCCAUACAGGACACAUUUGCUGAUCUGAUGCCAACUGAAGCUACGGAGAGUGCAAAGUUGCAGUCUGAUGUUGUAGUAACACAGCGCCCUCUGCAGGAAGUUGCUGAUGUCAUGGUUGAGAAAAGACCACACAGAAUUUUCUUUGAAAUGUUCAAGAUUUCUCCUGUGAAGGUCCAUGUUAGUUUUUCCCUGAGGGGAAAUCCUCACUUGACUCGGGAUGUCCAGCCAAGUGUUGCAUCAGACAUCAAAGAAUUUCUUCGAAAUUCAAUAGGAGCAACCUUCACAGAGGUCAAGGACAUAGAACUCAAGCUGGGUUUCUUUGAGCGCCGUGGUGCCCUCCUCUCCUCAGUACAGAUGCAGACCCAGGCCAUCGCUCACUACCGCCAGCAGCUUAUGCUGCAGAUUUACGUGGUCAUUUUUGGCCUCGAUGUUUUAGGAAAUCCGUAUGGACUCAUCAAGGACAUUGCGGAGGGAUUAGGAGAACUCUUCUAUGAACCUCUGCUGGACACCAUUCAGGGAGAGGAGGCCUUCUCUAGUAACAUGGUCCGGGGUUUUCAGAAUGCCAUGGGCCAUAUUGUGGGGGGCACAGCGAACUCGGUAGCCAGGAUCUCAGGGACCUUGGGGAACACACUAGCCUAUCUCUCCAUGGAUGAUGAGUUCCAGAAGCGGAGAGUUCGGAGAUUACAACAACAGCCCCGGAAUCUGCCUCACAGUAUGGGGAUGGCUGGGAGGGGUUUUCUGUCUGGGAUGAAGUUUGGACUUCUGGGGGUAGUACUAGAUCCCAUACAUGGGGCCUCGGAGGAGGGUGUAGAGGGGUUCUUUAAGGGGAUUGGUAAGGGCCUGCUGGGAUUAAUCACACAGCCCCUGGGGGGAGUCAUGGACAUGGUCAGCUUGGCGUUUGAUGGACUUCGCAGGUCUGCUGAGAACGACGUCGUGGCAAUCCGCAUGAGACUGCCGAGAUUUAUAAACCCCUAUCAUGGCUUGGAGCCGUACUCGUGGUAUAGGGCCCAGGGGAAUUUUAUUCUACACAGUCUCCGAGACGAACAACACAACUCCCGUGUGUUUGUGGAUUUUGCUCCUCUUAGUUACGACGACAGAGCGGAUCUGAUAUUUAUCACUAUCGGAACGAUUUUGUGCUUGUCAAAAAAUCGCUUUUCGACUGGGUAUGAUGUGAAAUGGGAGGUGGAACGAGAGAGGAUCAUGGGAAUUCCUGAAGUGAUGGAGAAUAAACUGGUUCUCACUCUCAAGGACAAGAAAGGUUCGUUAUUUUCUGGAAGUGCAAUAGAAAUCUCUAGUCCUGAUGAUGAUAUAUUGAAGUGGAUCCAGGACCGCAUGGAGCGGGUCAUUAGACAGUACGUCUGAUGUGGGAGGAGAAAAAUUGGUACCUCAGCCUCCCUGACAAUGAUUGGUUUACAUGAAUUCCAUCUCAACAUUUACUAUGAUGAUACAACAUCUGAUCCACUUUGAUGGACAGGAAUUCAAUGAAAUCAAUAUCAUUACAAUGUUGUACAGUUUUAUCACAAUAGGAAUUGCAUUUUUUUCCUUCUUUUUCUUCUUCAGAUUUGAAGCCUUUGCUAAGGAUAGUGUAGGUUGAAUGAUGGCUGUGAUCUGAAGUUGUGGCUACUUUUACAUGUCUGUGAAACUCGAUAUGAAUGUGCUGGUUGAUGCCAUAACUCGUUAUGUAAUGAACUGCCAUAAUAUAAUAAUAUAAUGUGCACUAGCUAUUUUUGUCACCCUGAUUGAUAUUUACGUUACGUAAGUUAUGUAAUAUACACAGGUAUGUAAUAUACACAGGUAUGUACAUGAUGAACAGAAUUCAUCUGAUUAUUAUACAUUUAUUCAUUAUGAUAUUACUCAAUGUGCAAUAUCCCUUUUAAAGCAUUAUAUAAUUUUUUUUUUGUAAUUUGUUUUUUGUUUUUUUUUUCUUUGAUUUACAUUUUAUCUGUACAGCAUUCCAUCUGUUAUUGUAUGAUAUGUACACGUGAUUUGACUACAGAAUGAUACAAUAACACUCGGGAGGGGACAUCUGUUAUUGUAUGAUGUGUACACGUGAUUUGACUACAGAAUGAUACAAUAACACACGGGAGGGGACAUCUGUUAUUGUAUGAUGUGUACACGUGAUCUGACUUACAGAAUGAUACAAUAACACGUGGGAGGGGACAUCUGUUAUUGUAUGAUGUGUACACGUGAUUUGACUACAGAAUGAUACAAUAAUAUACGGGAGGGGACAUCUGUUUUUGUAUAAUGUGUACACGUGAUUUGACUUACAGAAUGAUACAAUAACACGGGAGGGGACAUCUGUUAUUGUAUGAUGUGUACACGUGAUUUGACUACAGAAUGAUACAAUAACACGGGAGGGGACAUGUUAAAAUGUUCUAAGUCCAAUCCCCUUGUAUAUGUCAUACUGUAUUACAUUAAGAUAUGUUUUAAUUAGUACUGUGCUAAUUAAUACGAAGAACUAAUACUAAUAAUAGUCUUGUAAUUAGCGCAGAACUGUGUUUUGUUUGUUUAGUCAUGUGAUAAAUGCAGAACUGUGUUUUGUUUGUUUAGUCAUGUGAUAAAUGCAGGACUGGUUUAUUUUGAAUUCGGAAAACAGAGGACAUUCUGUUGAUGUCUGUAUCAAAUUACAAAUUACAAAUGUAUAUAUUCACGUUUUGAGCAACAGCAUAUUUUUGGGAAAUGGUUUAGAUAUUCAGAAUCCUUUAUUUUCAUCAUUACAAUACUGUACAAAGUCACAUUAUCUAAAACUGAAUGACUUUCUAUUUUUCUUCCAAAGUAUAAAGAAUGAUUUUAAUGCAGCUGAAUUAACUCUAAAAGUUGUCUCGUUUCCUUGAAUUAUUCAAAGAGAAAACAAUGGAAAUAUUAUUUAUAGAAUAGAUAGUGAUAUAGAAACGCCUGCACAUCAAUGUAGAUAACGAAUCAUGGAGUCAGAGAAAACGCGUCAGCUGAUUAAACGUAGUCAGUUAGAGAGAAUGUGACGUCCAGAAUCAUUAAGCACUUAAUAAACCACAUGACACAAGUUUGUGCAGUCUCAAGCACACCGAUGCUCUCACUUCAUAUUCAUUGAAACGGUCACAUGUAUGUCAUUGAAUAUGCUUUACAAGUGGCUGAGUGAUUGUUGUUUGUAAACACUGAUUUGAAGACUUUUGGUACUGCAGUUGUAUUUUUGUCUAAAGCAUGUCAGGUAUCUCUAUGAAUGUAUACAUGCAAUAAGUUUACAGCCUUUUUAUCAAGUGAACAAAACUUGUGGAAACAUCGGACCUCGCAGCUCUGAUAAGUGGUGAUGUGUCUAUUUCAAACCUUCUUGUAGAUUUCGUUUGUAUUAUCUGAAAUGUCAAUAUGUUGUGCCAGCCCAUAUCAUUGUUAGAGAGUAAUUUUAUAGGUACUCUUCUAAUGUGUCAGCCCAUCUCAUAAUUCUCUUUUUAAUGAAUUACCACUGAAUGAUACAAUAUUUAUUUUUAUUAUAUAGCUAAUAAAUAGUCUAAUAUAAAAUCUGCGUAAAAUCUAGAGAAUGUUAGCGUUCAAUAUCCUGAGAAUUUAUUGAACGCUAACUUUACAUUGCGUAAAUUGUAUGCGCCCGAAACAUUCCGAGUAUGAGCGUUCAAUAUUGACGUUACCGUAACGACGUAAACAAGCAAAAAUGGCAGACGACGGUCCUCCGAAUUUGACAGAGCCGGUAUUUGAUAUUUACUUAAGCAUUAUGUUUUACUGUACAUAAAUAAUGAUGUCCCAAUUUACAAAAUCAGUUUGCUUCAUGCAUUAAUGACGGGUAAAAUAUUGAACAGUUAAGAAAUGCAUGCUGUUAUUGCACACUGGCAAUAUUGAUGAAUUCUCGUCUGUUUUGGAGUAGUUUGAGUGAAAAUGGAUAUAACUUAACAACCAAAUACUUUAGCUAUAUAAUAAAAGGGUUAUUGAACUUAUAUAGGUGAAUAUUGGCACUCGUUGGCUGUCAAAAUGCACUCGCAAGCUCGUGCAUUUUCACAGCCAACUCGUGCCAAUAUUCACCGAUAUAAGUUAAAUAACCCUAUACUAUUGAUUUACCACUGAAUGAUACAAUAUUUAUUUCUAUUGAUUCAUUGGAUAUUAUCUACUGUAGUUUCUUUCUAUACCCCCCUCCCUCCUUUUCUAAAUCGAUGGAUUCGCCUCUGCCUCAUAAUAGUCUUUUCUCUGAUUUUCUACAUUCAGCUGACUAUGACAUGAACAAAUGUUGUGUGUAUAUAUAACUCCUGAAUAGGUGAAUGAUUUGUGUUUUUAUUGUUAUAACUGGAAACUCUACAUGACAUUGUGUCGUACGUUGAUUUUGUGCUAGAUGAUUAUGUUAUUUUUAUUAAUUUUUGCAUUGUUAAGAAGAAUAGAUAUGAAUAUAUGGGAUGAA